AUGUCUCAACAACUAAACUUUCCAUUCUUGUUAGAUGCUUUGUAUUGUGAGGAAGAAGAGCAUUGGGAUAAUGAAGAAGAUAGCAUCUUUAAAAAUGACAGCAAAAUAAUAAACCCCAAAUCUUUAGUCUUACAUGAAAUGGAUUUGUUGUGGGAAGAUGAGGAGUUGAGCACAUUAUUGUCAAAAGAGCAGGAAAAUAAACUGUACACUGGCCUUGAGGUGGAGAACCCAUCUUUGGCUAACGCUAGAAGUGAAGCAGUGGAGUGGAUGCUGAAGGUUACUGAAUAUUAUUCAUUCUCUGCAGUUACUGCAGUUCUUGCAGUUAAUUACUUGGACAGGUUUCUCUUCAGCUUUCAAUCCCACAAAGAGAAGCCAUGGAUGACUCAACUAGCUGCUGUGGCUUGUCUUUCUUUGGCUGCAAAAGUAGAGGAGAUUCAAGUGCCUCUCCUUUUAGACCUCCAAGUGGAGGAGUCUAAAUAUGUAUUUGAGGCAAAAACAAUUCAAAGAAUGGAGAUUUUGGUUCUGUGCACCCUUGAAUGGAAGAUGAAUCCUGUUACCCCACUCCCCUUUCUUGAUUACAUUGCAAGGAGACUGGGAUUGAAGAGCCACCUAUAUAAGAGAUUUCUUAAGAAAUGCGAGUGUCUGCUUCUCUCUCUCAUUUCUGAUUGUAGAUUCAUCUGUUAUCUGCCUUCUGCAUUGGCCACUGCUGUAAUGCUGUAUGUUAUAAGUAGUGUAAAGCCCUGCAUUGGAGUGGAGUACCAAUACCAACUAUUAGGCAUUCUUGGAAUAAAAAAGGAGAAAGUGGAGGAUUGUUGUAGACUAAUACAGGAAGUGACAACAAAUGUUCACUUCCACUCAUCCAACAAAAGGAAGUUUGGAUCAUUUCCUGAUAGCCCCAAUGGGAUUAUGGAUAUUUCAUUCAGUUCCGAUAGCUCUAAUGAUUCUUGGGAAGUGGCAUCAUCAUCAGUUUCCUCUUCACCAGAGGCAAUGUCCAAGAAAAUCAAGAACACUGCCUAA